GAGGCCCCAUGGGGGGGUCAGGGCUGGAGCCAGAGCAAACCCUGCGAGGCAGCAGGCCACACGGAGCAGGUGCUUCCCGGAUCCCAGCGCUGCCCCCCUGCGAUGGCGUCUCCCCGGAUCCUCAGCACCGUCCUGGCCCUGCUCAGCCUCCUGCUGCUGCUGGUGGCCCUGGGCUCCGACCACUGGCUGGUGGCUGGGUCCCUCCAUGAGGGGCUGUGGAAGAGCUGCCUCAAUUCACUGUGUGGGCAAAUUUCUUCAGCAUCAGUCUCGUUAAAGGUCACCAGGGCUUUGACACUGCUGGGCGUGAUUGCUGGGUGUCUCUCCUCCGUCGCUCUCCUCGCCUCGUUCCUGCGCUCCCAUCUCGGCUCCUUAGCUCUGACCCUGCUGUCCUGCCUAGGCAGCUUCAGCGCAGGGCUCUGUGCCAUGAUCGCGCUGGCCGUGUACACAGGGGAGUUCGCUGGGGCCGUGAAUGCUGCCCAGGGCCAAGUCACCUUCGGCUGGUCCUUCGGCCUCGGCUGGGCCUCCUUCCCCCUCUUCCUUAUCACUGGUGUGGUGACGCUGGUCGCCCACCAAUCCUCCUAGAGCCGAGUGUGGGGCCUGUGCCGGCCCCGGGGAUGGGGCCGGGAGCCGUGCGGCCCAGACGGAGCCUGCAGCAUCCUGGGACUGAACAGGGGGCAGAGUGUGUGUGUGUCUCUGUCUGUCUGUCCCUGCUGGACCCCCCCCCCAGCAAUGAGUCCCAACCCUCCCUACCCUGGAGGCUGCUGCCACCCCGUUGUUCCAUGGAGGUUAGAGAUCCUGUCCUCAAAAACUCCUCUCUGGCGAUAUAUCCCCCCCCGACUCCCCUCACGUGUCCCUCAAAGGACUCCGGGGUUCCCUCCCCGGCUGUAGGAGGGGAGUGGGGUCUGGGGCUUAGAGCAGGGGGUCUGCGGCUGGGCAGGGAAUGGGACAGGGGG